GGUCAACUGCUGACGGGCUGCCGCUUCUGCCUUCCAGGAACACGUCGGUCGACAGGGCACUUUUCCUCACGGCAUCGACAUUCUGACCACCUGCGAUUAGUUCGCUUACGUAAAAAUGCCUAUCUCCAACUCAGUCUUUUCGUGGCGCAAUACGAAGAGUACCGGCCGCAUCUCAUCCAGCAUUUAGUGGAUCGUAAAGUCAUCCAUUGGGACACGGUUAUUCGACAGCUAACAUCUCAGGCCUUGCAUCAAAUGACGUUCCUCGAUCCGGAGAGUAUGAAACUGAUUCUUUCUACUCAGAUCCUUCCUCGCUGCACAAAUCCUGAACUUUAUUUACGGCACGGAAGCAUUUUGGCCAGUGGCAAAGUCAUCAGCGCUCUUUGUCAAGUGGCAAAAGACCAUCAACGUCGUCUGCCAGAUGAACUUGGUGAUGCCGCGAUGGAAUCCAUUACCCAAACUUGUAUCGACAUCCUGGAGGAGCGUUUCUGGCGGAGUUACGGCGGCGAUCCAAUGCGCAUAGCCGUUUGCCAUUUCAUCCAAGAUCUAAUUUCGGGGGGUUUCCCGUUGCCAGACGCUGUAGUCGACCGUUGGUUGAAGGCGUUACGAGAGUGUCUCGCUUCAGCCGAUUCAAAUGUCCAGCAAUCGGCCAUCAGCGCCGUCACCGCUUUGAUUGGCGAAUACUUCCGGCAUCAGCCAGUGGAGAAACUCACUGCCUUGUUGAACCAUUUCCUACCCGAGGUGACGAGCAACAACCAACAGGCGAGAGUAGGAAACGCACUAGCCCUGGGCUCAAUGCCUCGCUUCCUCCUCACCGUUUCCUUGCAGAAAGUCAUCCAACUUUUGUGCACCUGCGCUCUCAUCACCGACAAGACUCUCCAAUGGGCCGAAUCUCGAAAAAAUGCUCUGACAGCUCUUUCGCUCGUCUGCACAACCGUUGGGAUCGCCCCAUCCAGCCCAGGUGGGGUUGAUCAAGUGACACUGGCCGGAAUAUUCCGCACAUUCAUCGAUGGCUUUGAAGAUUACACGGUGGAUAGCCGUGGAGAUAUUGGAGCUAUCGUCCUUGAAUCGGCAAUGUAUUCUAUUCAGGUUGUUUAGGUAUUGACCAACACCUCGCAACCAGACCUACUUGAAGCUGACCUGAUCCGCUCCGUAUUGCAUGCGGUGGCUAAACAAUCGACGGAACAAAUCCGUCGUAACCGGUUGUUGGCCCCCAACUUCUUUUCUUCUCUCGUCUACUGUGAUCCCACCAUUCCUCACAUUGAGCAGUUGGAAGAAUUGCGUUCCAUCAUUCCACCGCCUCCGCUGGACAUUUCGACCGAGAAGGAAUGUUUCGAUUUGUGGAUGAAGGUGAUGCGACUCGACACUUACCGCAAAGCCGUCAUCACCGGACUUGUUUCCAGCAUCGGCAGUCUCACGGAUAGUUUGGUUAAAAGUUACAGCGCUCCAUUCAUGAGUUACCUCCGCCAGUUGGUGGCCGAGAACAAAUUGGAUGAACUGAAUUUGGUCACCCGGGAUAUUCUAAACGUGUUUCAAGAGAAUUUGAAUAGUGUCCGACUGAUGCCGUACAUUUUCAACUUCCUGGACCAUCUCUUGUCGUCCGGAUGUUUGGAUUCCGUUUUCAAAUCCAUGUCACGGUCGCUGUUGACCUUGAUUCGUACUGAGAUGACCAAUGGCGGUAAACCGUUAAAAUUGUUGAUAUCGUCGGUGGAUUUGUACUGUCACCUACUCAGAGGUGAUCAAGUGACGUUCGAUAAAUCAAUCAUUCACCUGUUAAAUCUGCUAGUGAAUCGGUUCCCUCGCGUUCGUAAAAUCACAGCCGUACGAGACGCUGCUGACUCUGACAGAUAUUAGCCCGUCGUUGGCCAAUCACCAAGACGACAUCUUGGCCAUUCCCAGCGACACUGACUGGGACGAAGACGUCGAAGCUUUGAAGCCCGUCAAGACUCAGCUUCGCUCACUUUUCAUUCCACCGACUUUGAAUCCUUGAAAUUCUUAGCCUUUCAUUCAAAUUAUUUGCUUAUUUAAAAUUAAAUAACCACCCAAAAUUGUGUCAAUCAUUUAUGGGAAAUACAAUUUCGAUUGUUUGGCUGCACUAAA